AUGCCACCAAAGGGAUGGAAAAAGAAUGCUGAUCCAAGUGAGCAGCCUUUCAGGGACACGGACCCUGUUUUGAUUGACGACAUAUUGUUUCCUCGUUCAACUAUUCUGAAAUUGGCGAGAUCAAUCACCUUGGAUGAAGACAACCAAAACAAUAUGACAUUAGCAAAAGACUCCCUAUUAGCCUUGCAAAGGUCCGCUACUGUGUUUGUAAGCUAUAUGUUAUUCCAUUCAAAACAAGUGUCAAAAGCUAAUGGUAGAAAGACUGUAACUGCUCAAGAUAUUAUGGCAGCUUUGGAACGAGCUGAAUUUGCUGGAUUUCUUCCGGAAGUGAAACAGAGAUUGGCAGAGUUUGAAUCAAUGGCAAAGGCAAAGAAACAAAAGAAAUUGGAAGAAAAGAGUGCAGGAAAAGAAGAACAAGAAGAAGGGGAAAGUGAAAAUGUGACAAAGAAACCGAGAUUGGACACUGCCGAUGGUGAUUCGCUGAAACCUGCUGCAAGCGACACCGAAGACGAAGGUGACGAUGACGAUGUUGUUGACGAUGGCAACGAUGUUGAGGUUGACACUGAAGAUGUGGAGAUUCGUGAGGAGCUGAGUGAUGAAAUCGAAGAUGGACUGGAUGAGGACGAGAGUGCUGCAGCUAACCCUAUAUCUGAGCUAGACAAGGACGAGCGGGAAUUGCGUGGCGAAGAAGCUGACGACGAUAGACAAAGUGAAGGAGAAGACGAAGAUGAAGACGAUGAAGACGCAGAUUAA